UUAACGAUCUGCUUCCUUGACAACGGAAGCGUGCUGCAGCCAUCUAUUGACGUUUGUUUUAAAGUACUUUUUUAUGGACGUUUGCUUUAAAUUAUAAGAAUUUAGAUCGAAAUAUGCACGAUUUUGCGUAGUCUGUAAGUUAACUUUACUUUACUAGUCAGCGACGAUUUCGAAGGUUUGAAAAAAUGGAGUCAGAAAAUGAGAGGGAACAGGCUGUGGAGUCAUUUAAGGCUUUUAUGAUGAAAAGCAGCACUAAAACAAACUUAAACCUGUAUGACCAUCUAGUACAGAUGUUGACCAAAAUUAUGGAUGAGCGUCCAGAGAAUGCAGUCGAUGUGUUUGAAGACAUGAGUCUUGAUCUUAAAAGAAACAUCUUUCAGGAGAAGCAGGACACCUUGCGUGACAGUCCAUCCUCAUCUUUAGCUCUCUUAUUGGCUGAGCAGCAGAAAUCUCUGUUCUCGCAAGGGGUUGAUGAUGGUGAUCAUGAGGAAGAGUUGGUGGAUUCACCUCUGCCGAAUGUGGCAGAACUUGCCUUCUUCUUCGAGCAAGCUGGUGUGGGACUGGGAAGAGAGGAGACUCAGAGAGUCUUCCUGGCCUUGAAACAGCUGGUGGACACGCAACGUGUCCAGCGCUGUCGAUUCUGGGGAAAGAUCCUGGGAACACAGAGCAACUACCUUGUGGCAGAGGUGGAAUUCAGAGAGGGGGAAGGAGAGGAAGAAGAGGGGACGGAAGAGACACAUGAGGAUGAGGAGAAAGAGGAAGAGACACAUGAGGCCCAGAAUGAAAGUGAAAUGGUAGAAGCUGCUGAUCCAACCCCUACAUCAACUCACAAGCCACCUCCAAUAGUACCAAGGGAAGAAAACCACACGGGUGUGAACAAAUUCACUUAUUUUGUGUGUCAAGAGCCCGGCAUGCCCUGGGUCAGACUGCCGUUUGUCAUCCCGGCUCAGAUCACGGUGGCACGACAAAUCCGCAAGUUCUUCACAGGCAGGCUCGACGCUCCGGUUGUGAGUUAUCCCCCCUUUCCUGGCAACGAAGCCAACUACCUGCGCGCCCAGAUCGCACGCAUUUCAGCUGGCACCCACGUCAGCCCUGUGGGAUUCUACCAUUUUGAAGAGGAGGAAGGUGAGGAUGAGGAAGUGCGAGACACUUUUGAGGAGAAUCCUGAGUUUGAGGGCAUCCAUGUGAAUGAGAUGGCGGAGUCGCUGAACUUAUGGGUCCAUCAUGUACACCACAUACUUCAACAGGGCCGCUGUGUGUGGAUAAACCUUACACAGAAAUCAGGCGAAGACCCAGAUGAGGAUGCGGAGGAGGAAGACCAUGAAGAGGAAGCUGAUGAGCCAGAACCUGAGACUGGACCUCCUCUUCUGACGCCUCUUUCUGAAGAUGCAAACAUCAACGACACAUCGCCGUGGAGCUCCAUGACAUCCUCUAGCCUCAUUCCUCAGUUUUGCAUUGCUGUGGUGCGCUCGAACCUCUGGCCAGGAGCAUAUGCUUAUGUUAAUGGAAAAAAGUUUGGAAACAUAUAUCUUGGUUGGGGGAUGAAAUAUCUUGGAACAGCCUACACUCCAGUGAUGCCUCCCUUACCCCAGAGUGAGUACCCCAGCGGUCCUGAAAUCACAGAAGCCCUGGACCCCACUGUGGAGGAAGAGCAGGCUUUGAAAGCUGCGCUGGAGGAGCAGACGGCUGAUUUGGAGGAAACGGAAGAACUGGAAGAUGAUGAGGAAGAUGAGGAUUAAAGUGGUCAACGGACAAAUGCAAAAAAACAUUAUAGCUGGAGUUCAUUCAAAGGACUUAAAUACAAUCCCUUUUGGUACAAUCGUGAUUGUGCUGAAAUAGUGAUUUUAAAGUGAUAGUUUACUCAAAAAAUUAAUUCUGUCAUCAUGUACUCACUCUCUUCUCAUUUCAAACCUGUGUGACUUUCUUUUUCAGCAAAACACAAAUGAAGAUAUUUUUAAGAAUGUUAAAAAGCAGCACCCAUUCACUUGCGUUGGUUUUGUGUCCAUGUAGAAGUGAAUGGGUGCUGCCGCUGUUAAGUUAGCAACUUUCUUCAAAAUAUCUUCUUUGUGUUCUGUGGAAGAAGGAAACACAUCAUACAGGUUUGAAAUGACGAGAGCAUAGAUGAUGACAGAAUUUUCAUUUUUGGGUGAACUAUCUCUUUAAGUGAAAUAUGAAUACAAACAAUACAAAUGUAGGUUCAAAUAAUUUAUUAGCAAUUUAAAUUAACAUAUUUGGUGAAUACAUACAUGCCACUAUAAAAUAUAGUCAUUUUUUUAGUAGCACUGUAAACAUCAUUUUUCUCAGUAGAUUAAAGUAUAGGUUAUUCCUGACUUGGUGCCAAUUUAAAAAUCCUUUUUCUUCUAACAUAUACAACUCUGUGUUUUCAACACAGUUUAGCAAAUUCUGCUGUGCUAUUUUUGCCAUGUUGAAGUUCCAGUAUUGGUAAACUGAGUCAAGAACAUACGCAAUCGUCCAAAUGCCCAACAUGAAUUGCAAGAAUUAGCAUAAAUUAUCAAUAAAUAUAAGAGAAUAAAUAAAUGUAUUGCACUUAA